UCACACUUCUUGAAUGAAGGGAGAAGGCUCCUCCUAUUAAUUUGUUCCAUCCUCCCAAUUCUGCCACUUCAUCUCUCUCUCUCUCUGUCUGUCUCUGUUACAGAAGCAUUUGGUGGGAGCAUGGGAAGGCACUCUUGCUGCUACAAGCAGAAGCUGAGGAAGGGCCUCUGGUCCCCUGAAGAAGAUGAGAAGCUCCUCAACUACAUCACCAAGAACGGCCACGGAUGUUGGAGUUCGGUCCCUAAACUUGCCGGGCUGCAGAGGUGUGGGAAGAGCUGCAGGCUGAGGUGGAUCAAUUACCUGAGGCCUGACCUGAAGAGAGGUGCAUUCUCCCAGCAGGAAGAGAACCUCAUCAUUGAGCUCCACUCUGUUCUCGGCAACAGGUGGUCUCAGAUUGCAGCGCAGUUGCCGGGACGGACCGACAAUGAGAUAAAAAAUUUCUGGAACUCGUGCAUCAAGAAGAAGUUGAAGCAGAGUGGGAUCGACCCGACCACCCACAAGCCUCUCUCCGAGGUCUUGACCGAGAAUAAGAACGAGAAUAAGCCGCCGUCCGCUAUGGUUAAAAGCAAUGAGAAGAAACUACUGCUCCCGCCUCAAGUAGCAAGUUCUGGCCCGGUCAAUGAUAUCAUAGCAGCCCCGGAGAGCUCCAAUAAUGUCUCCUGCAAGCCUUCUGACGUGCUCAGGCACUUCUCCUUCCAGCAGCUAAAUUACGGGCCCGAUAUGGGCAGCUUUUCGGUGGCGAACCAGAAUAGCUGUGGGCAGCUAGGCUUCGACUUCAAUGUCCUCCCGAACUCGACCUCCACAGAGUUGGUGACUGCUCCUGCCAGCAGUUUCUCUGCCACUACUAUGCCACCAACUCCGGCUCAGGUCAGGCCUUCGAUCAGCCUUCCCUCUGAAAACUCCUGCGUGACCUCUUCCUGCAAUAGUGCCUUCAGCUACUACGACAAUGCCCCCUUCUCAUGGGAUUUCGGAAAUUUCGAUAAACUGCCGCAGGCACAAGUUCAUUCUCUAGUAGAAGAUGCGAAAUGGUCUGAGUAUCUCCAAAUACCGUUCGUCACAGGAAGUUCAUCCCCGGAGCAAUCCCAAGCAUACAGUGGCAUCAAACCUGACACAGUAAACUUUCAAACAUUAGGAUUUCCGCAAUCCGCUUCAAACACGCACAGUAAGGAUUUCCAGAGACUUGCUCUGGCAUUUGGGCAGACCCUUUAGAGUUCCAUGGUGUGAUAUAGACUCAACAUUUUCUCUUCUUUCCGUUCGAUUUUGUAACUGUAAAUGAGUCCCAUACAGAUUCGAUUUCUCGCUCUAGUUUGCUGCAGAACAAAAAAUCCGAGAUUGGACCGAGACCAUGUUGAUCUUGAUAGCUGCUCCAUUGUGCAUGAAUUUACCUCAGCAGAAUCACAGAAAUAAGGCCUUCAAUCACUUCUUCAUUUCUCUGUUACAUGUUACAUAUUUCCCAUAUGUUCAGUAUGAUUGUAAUAUUCUUUUAUUUCGUGUUAAUAAAUCCACAUUCUUUCAUC